UCGUCUUUUUGGAUGACUUCUUCUCCCCCCCCCCUAGAUGUGAUGUCAGAUAAGCGCCAGCGUGCCAGAGUCCAGGGCUCCUGGGCCAAACAACUGCCAAAACACUCAGGACCAACAGGUUCAGUCCAAAACAACCAACAACCUAAAAGUGUCCACACUGCUCCUACUUCUUGGGGAUGUGGGCCACAGAAAACACCUCAGACAUUUGAGUACCACCAGCCCGCCAAACAACUCAGAGAGGCUCCACCUGAAAAGUUGAUAGAAAAUGCAGGUGAUUAUGAGAUUAGCUGCGGACCAUCAGGAAUGUCCAGGCUGCGGCUGCUUCCCGGGUUUCUCUCCCCAGACGAGGCAGACUGGAUGUUCAGUAAGCUGCUAGCAGAGCUUCCCUGGUCCCAGAAGACUAACUUCAGACAGGGUGAGGCGUACGACGAGCCCAGAAUGACCUGCUGGUACGGAGAGUUGCCUUAUACGUAUGCUCGCUCCACUAUGGCUCCAAACUCAGAGUGGCAUCCGUUGCUGUUAACCCUUUGCGGUGCGGUGGAGCAGGCGAGCGGGUGCAGCUUUAACUCCCUGCUGUGUAACCUUUACCGAGACGGACAUGACAGCAUCGGCUGGCACAGUGACGACGAGGCCUCUUUGGGUGACAAGCCCACCAUCGCCUCGCUCAGUCUGGGCGACAUCAGAGUGUUCAGCCUCCGCAAGCAGCCGCCACCGGAGGAAAAUGGUGACUACACGUAUGUGGAGCGUAUCCGGGUUCCUCUGAGUCACGGGACACUUCUGCUGAUGUCAGGAGCGACACAGGACGACUGGCAGCAUCAAGUGGCUAAAGAGUACCAUGACCGAGGACCUCGCAUUAACCUGACCUUCAGAACCAUUUACCCGGAGCCGGAGGGCCACAGGGCGGGGACCAAGCUGAGAUUCACAGCCAAGCAGUCAUAAACUCCCCCCUGAGAGGCAGGUACUUCAGACACAACGACGUCUGAGUCAGGGGAGUUUGAGUUUAAGUGGGACUGAACCUGAUAAGGGCCGACAUCAGCUUUUCUGAAAGGAGUGAUGUGAAUGUGGAGAUCACACAGGGACGGUUUGACUUUCAGCUGCACCUGUAUUCACCUGUUGCAUAAACAGACGGACAUAAUACAGAAUAUCAUCACAGAGAGACGACAGAUAUAAAGAGUCCAAAUAAGACCCUGAAGACUUUAAAAAUGUUCACUACAUACUUUAAAUGUAUUUGUUCAUUUAAAACAGAUAGUUAUUUAUGUUCAUUAAAAGAAAA